GACGCCGGAAACCAAUGGGGUCUAUCUACUCUAGCGCUGCUUCAGAGUAAGUAGCGCACUUCACUGAUACUGCCCAUGUGAGAGAAAACAGCUCUGGAGGAGACCCUUUGAGCUGUGCUUACGAGAUGGAGGGUGACAAGAACGAAGCCAAAGGUAAGGUGGGUGACCAAGUGAUGCAGAACCCACAGGCCCUGGCAGCUCUUCAGGAAAGAUUAGACAGCGUCACACACUCUCCUUCUGUUAUGGACAGCUUACCCGCAUCCGUCAGGAGAAGAGUCAAUGCCUUAAAGAAUCUACAGGUCAAGAGUGCACACAUAGAAGCCAAAUUUUAUGAGGAGGUGCACGAACUGGAGAGAAAGUACGCUGCUCUCUAUCAACCACUGUUUGACAAGAGGAAAGACAUAGUAACAGGCACAGUGGAACCUACAGAUGAGGAGUGUGAAUGGCAGAGUGACCAUGAGGACGAAGAGCUGGCAGACGAGCUACAGAAGAAAGCCUCUAUAGAGGAGCCGAAAGAGGAGGCCGCUGCCGAGGAGAACCCCAAAGGAAUUCCGGAAUUCUGGCUCACCAUAUUUCGCAGUGUGGACAUGCUCAGUGACAUGCUUCAGGAACACGAUGAGCCAAUACUUAAACAUCUACAGGACAUUAAAGUGCUAUUUUCUGGUCCUGGUGAACCUAUGAGUUUCAAAUUAGAAUUUCACUUUGAACCUAACAACUACUUCAAAAACACCGUCCUCACAAAAGUGUACAAGAUGAAGUCCGAACCAGAUUCUGAAGAUCCUUUCUCAUUUGAAGGACCGGAGAUCAUUGACUGUGAGGGGUGUGAGAUUGACUGGCACAAAGGUAAAGAUGUCACAGUCAAAACAAUCAAGAAGAAACAGAAGCACAAGGGCAGAGGCGUCGUGAGGACGGUCACUAAGCAAGUGCCCACCGACUCCUUUUUCAACUUCUUCACUCCCAUUAAAGUUUCCCCAGAUAGUGAAUUGGAUGAAGAUUCUGAGUUCACUCUAGCCACAGAUUUUGAAAUCGGCCAUUUCUUCAGAGAGAGAAUAGUACCAAGAGCUGUGCUGUACUUCACUGGGGAGGCACUAGAGGAUGAUGAGAGUUUUGAGGAAGAAGAACUUGACGAGGGUGAAGAGGAGGACCAAGAUGAUGAAAUGGAUGAAGAGGAGGAGGAGGGAGAUUCCAAGGUAGAUUCUAAGGCAUAAGUCAUUUCUCACCUCAUGCAUUUCUAGAGUGGGGAGGCCCAACCUGCAGAGUGCAAACAGCAGUAAGAGAUCGCUCUACUGCCCCCUACAGCCACUCCAACUGGAACUUGCUCGGCGUCGCCUGAUCUUUACAGAGCACAGCCGUCCUCACCAACCAACCGUGUAAAAAUAACAGGAUAACACAUUGCAUGAUUUGUUUAAAACUUUGUCCCACCCAUUUUCAUCCACCUCCAAUGACUGAAAUGUAUGUAUAAACAGAGGAGGGGGUGUUUUGAACUCUGGGCAGGACAAAACUACAAAAUUACAUUAACAGCCGUGGGUUAAACUGAACUUUGAGGAAACUGCCGAUUGUGAAAACUUUCCAUUUCUUUUUCUUUUUUUUCUUUUUUUUUAAAGAAAAAUUUGACAACACAUUCCAGAGGCCCUUUUUAUUGGAAUGAAAACUCGAUCCCAAAGUCGAUUUAGCUAAUUUAACUUUUUUGACUUGAUCUCAUAGUUUACUCAGGGUUUUUUAUGCCAAGAAAACAUGAGCACUCUUAGUUGUCAAGAUAUUGAAAAGAUGUUAAACCCACGUUAAAGUUGUUUUUCCAUUCAAACACUUUUUAAAUCCACUUCUGCUCAAUCUGAAGUUAUUUAUAUGAUUUAUUUAGCUUUUUUUUAAUGGUUUUCAGCUAUACAGAUGGUUCUUGCGGCCCUGGUGGACCUUUGCAAGAGUGCGAGAGUUGUCUCUCUGCUGUAUGUACUGUGCCCUGUGGAGUUUGCCCUGUCCCCCCAGCAUUUAAUGCUGUUGCUUUACUGCCCCAAAUGCUUACUUAAAAAUUAAACAUGAAUAUUGCCAAAA